UCCGUUGGCUUCAGCACCGCAACCAACCGACGUCAACCAUAAAUAGCGAGCUAGGCAGUUGUUGUUUUGGGGGAAUAAGAAAAGAGCUGCAAGCGGAAGAAACACCGGAUUUUGGCGUUUUCUGUGCUCAUUUAGGUUUUUCAAAAUUUUUUAUACACAACUGAAAUAAUGUCUACACCCGCAAGAAGACGGCUAAUGAGAGAUUUUAAAAGACUUCAGGAAGAUCCUCCCACUGGUGUAAGCGGAGCACCGUCUGAGAACAACAUCAUGCUUUGGAAUGCUGUUAUUUUUGGGCCUGUGGGAACGCCAUUUGAAGAUGGAACAUUUAAGCUGCUGAUAGAGUUUUCAGAGGAGUAUCCAAACAAGCCCCCCACAGUUCGAUUUGUGUCCAAAAUGUUUCAUCCAAAUGUUUAUGCUGAUGGCAGUAUAUGUUUAGACAUUCUUCAGAACCGCUGGAGCCCUACGUAUGAUGUGUCGUCCAUACUCACCUCCAUCCAGUCAUUGCUUGAUGAGCCAAACCCCAACAGCCCAGCCAAUAGUCAGGCAGCACAGCUCUAUCAGGAAAACAAGAGGGAGUAUGAAAAGAGGGUGACAGCCAUUGUGGAGCAGAGCUGGGUAGAUGGCUGAGCUGUUUCCCCUCUAUACUCUUAUCUUCAUCACCCCUCUACAUCAUCCCGUUUAUUCAGUCUUUCAUCAAGAAACAACAGUAACUAUAUCAAAACACAAGUGCCACCCUAAAAAGUAAAAAGGAAAACCAAAUCCGAACAGACAUUAACUUGCUUACCAAUGCAUUGUAGGAAAUUUGGGGUCGGGGAGGGGUUUGAUCGUAUAUUUGUGUUUGUCUUUGAUUUAACUUUUUUAUUGCAUGGUGUGACAUAAGUUAUUGCUUGCAAAAUUUGUAAUAUAUCUUUGGUUGGACUAAAGUGGUUAAUGCCUGAGUUUCACAUUAUUUUUGUUUUCCUGAUUAUCUGCUGGUUUGGAAAGGACACGCUAAUGACCAAAUCAGCACAUUUUUAAAAGCUGUGGAAAAACCCAGAACAUGCCUUUCAGAGCUCAUAGCUUCAUUAUUCCUCUGUUUAACUGCUGAUGAACAGCUCCGGGUCUGUUUCUGCACAUUCUCUGCUUGUUUUAAGACAGACUAGGUUUGGAUUCAACAAGGGUCACAGGCUGCGACGGCACAGAUGAAUCACGACUCCUCUGCUGGCCAUGAUGGAGUUUUAUCGUCAGAGAGGAGAUAACAAUGUUUUAGUGUGUUGAAAUGGAGAUUCCUAAUUUUCUCCCUCCACAUUUACUGGAAAUAAAUGACUUGAAAUGGUUUAAUCAAAAGCAGGAUUUGACAUAAGAUUGGGGAGAAAACAAUAGCAUUAGGAAGGAAGUGUGAGACUUCCUACAUCAUGUUUGUUGAUUUUCUCUUAUAUACACCAAUUUUAUUUUACACACACAAAACAAAGGACUUUCCAUUGAUUUGAGUCCAGUAAGUAUCCGUGCUUUUGAUUGUUCUAUUAAAAAAACCCGGCUGCGUAUUUUAAAAGAAAAACAGCAACAGUAAAUAAUGCUCGUUUUUUUUUUUUGUCUUUAAACGCGAGUUUAAUUUGGUCGUUUAGAAAACAAGCUGCUGCACCUUCUUGCAGUUCAAACCUUAAGAAUUUAAGCGUUUCUUUUUUGGCUACAGUAGCUUUCCUGCUUGCAAUUUUUUUGAUAAACAAAAUUCCCCUUAAGCAUACAUUCAUGACUUAACCCUGCCCAGCAUCAGCUCAGUGAUCAGUCAAUAUAAAAGAGAAGUCCCUAUUUGUUAAAAAGAGAUGGUCAUAUUGUGGCUUGUGACUUAAUUCACCUAGUAAACAGAAUAUGCUAUAAAGUUUUGAGAAACAAAUGUAUACUUAAAAUAAUAUGCUGUAUAAAACAUAAUAAAACACAUUUUUCAGACUUUGA